AUGGCGGCGUCGGCGGCGGCGGUGAUGGAGGAGCUGCGGGGUAGCUUCAGAGAGGGGCGGACGCGGCCGGCCGAGUGGCGGACGGCGCAGCUCAGGGCGCUCGUCAGGAUGAUCGAGGAGAAGGAGGACGACAUCAGCAACGCGCUCCACGCCGACCUCGCCAAGCCGCGCAUGGAGGCCUACCUCCACGAGAUAUCGCUGGCGAAAGGGGCCUGUAUGUUUGCCUUGAAGGGGCUCAAGAAUUGGAUGAAGCCCGACAAGGUACCUUCUGCCAUAACUACAUUCCCAUCCACUGCUCAAAUCGUGCCGGAGCCCCUGGGUGUCGUUCUCGUCAUAUCAGCCUGGAACUAUCCUUUCUUGCUAUCCAUCGAGCCCGUCAUUGGAGCAAUUGCUGCUGGGAAUGCUGUUGUGCUGAAGCCAUCAGAAAUUGCGCCAGCAACAUCGUCAUUGUUCGCGAAGCUGCUACCAGAGUACGUUGAUAGCUCGUGUAUAAAAGUUGUGGAGGGAGGUGUCACUGAAACAGGUGCACUCUUAGAACAAAAAUGGGAUAAGAUCUUCUACACAGGAAAUGGUAAUGUAGCCCGCGUAGUGUUGGCAGCAGCUGCGAAGCAUCUAACCCCUGUUGCUCUGGAGCUCGGUGGAAAAUGCCCUGUUAUUGUUGACUCUAACGUCGAUUUGCAUGUUGCUGCUAAGAGGAUUGCUGUUGGUAAAUGGGGCUGUAACAAUGGCCAGGCAUGCAUUGCUCCCGAUUACAUCAUAACGACAAAAGCGUUCGUUACAGAGCUGGUUGACUCUUUGAAAAGAGUCUUGGAAAGGUUCUACGGGGAGGAUCCGUUGCAAUCGGCGGACCUGUCUCGUAUUGUGAAUAUUAGCCAUUUCGGACGAUUAACGAAGUUGAUAGACGACAAAGAAGUUGCCACCAAGAUUCAGCUCGGUGGCCAGACAGAUCAGGAGCAACUAAAAAUAGCUCCUACGGUGUUGGUAGAUGUUCCUCUUGAUACAGCACUUAUGACAGGGGAAAUAUUUGGCCCAUUGCUUCCAAUUAUAACGGUCGACAAGAUUGAAGAAAGCAUCGCACACAUCAACGCUGGGGCGAAGCCACUCGCAGCCUACCUCUUCACCAAGGACAAGAAACUGCAACAAGAUUUCGUCUCAAACGUCUCGGCAGGAGGCAUGCUCGUCAACGACGUCGCCUUACACCUGACGAACCCACAUUUGCCGUUCGGUGGCGUGGGCGACAGCGGCAUGGGGUCGUACCACGGCAAGUUGCAGCUUCUUUGCGCUGAUCCUUGCGCUUCUGGGGUUCCCGAGGGAGAAGCGUUAGCUGAGUUGAGCUCCCUCCCUUCUCCAGUACAGCAUAGCAGGAUUGUUCAUGUUCAUGAGGGCGAUGUGGUGCACUUCUGCACUGUGAAGCGCCAGUGCGCGAGUGUGUUCAACAGGUGUAAAAUAUGGGACUAUCAUCGGAUUUCUGGAUGUAAUUUAAUUUUACAUAAAUAA